AUGCGGCACAUUCACGUGGAGUUAUCUCACAAAAAAGCUCCAAUGGAGCUUCCGGCCCAGGAAGGGGACUUGCCUCCUCCCACUGCCCCAGCACAGGGCCCCGACUCAGGUGUCAGAGCGGGAGCAGCCAGGCACUUUGACCAAGAGGAUUUGCGUCAUCAAAAGGUCUACCAGCUUUCCAUUUUCUCCCAGUUUGGUGGAUAUUGCUCCUCCACGGAGUCCCACAACGACACCCAAGCGAGACCCGUUCGCUUGGGUGUGAAAAGGGGACUCGAGGAGCCCCAGUUGACUCACAAGCGCCCUCAUGUGGCGGACUGCUCUGACAUUGACUUACUAGAGGGCGGAGUACUGUGUGGGUCAGCGCCAAUGCCAGCAGUGUUAAUGGGUUUAGUAAAGAGCUCUGGCGGUUGUGGGUCUCUUUAUUCUUGCACACAAAUGGAGCACAGGGACUCAGAGGGAGGGGUUUUACCUAGAUCGCCCCCGCUCUCCCCCAGCCACAACCCCUCCCGUCGUCCAACUCAGCACAAUCACGACAGGCCCGUCCCUGAUGUGUUCUCUCCCCUUUUGCCAAAAUCCCCCCCGAUGUGUGACCCUCACGGGCACCUCUGUGAGCAGAGCUAUUCUCUGGGAAACUCGGCCAAACCUGAGCCACCGAACGGGGGACGCACACCCAACUAUUCCGUAGGAAACCCUGGAAAUGAGAGUAAUUGCACAGCCGGGGGCCAACCCAGCCCUCAUUUAUAUGACAUGCCCACGUACGAGCCCCCGAGUCCCACCAGCCCCCCUGGCCCCUUUUCCCCGCCGCACCGCUCGGAACUCCAGGAACCGGGAGAAGCCACGGAAUGGGACGCCGGUUUGGAAUCGUCCCCGCCUGAGCGGAGCGCCACCCAGACUGCCGCGACCUCCAAUGGACCGGCUUCGUGGGAGAAGACCCCGAGCAGUAACGGCCACCGUUUUUUGUCGGCAGGCCACUGGCCGGCCAAAAAGAGGUUGUUGUCCCCGAGCGAAACGGCAGAGUCGUGCUCAGAGGACGAGGGACCUUCUACCUCCAAGAGAACCCGACUUUCCUUGCUGGCUCCCGGCCUGGGAUCUUGUCGUAGCACUGACGCUAAAGCUGCUCCUUACUGGAACCACCUUCUUCCUUCUAAGUGUGCCACAGACUGUACGAGGUCAGGGAGACGACUGAAAAGUGGUCCACGUGUAAAAAGCCGCCAGCUGCGCAGCGGCAGACAUGCAGACAGCAGAACCCUCCUGCGUUCAAGCUGGCCUUCCUCUUCUAUCAGCAGAUCACUUUUAGGAAACUUUGAGGAAUCCAUGCUAAAAGGACGCUUUUCUCCGUCGGGCCGCAUCGAAGGCUUCACGGCGGAGAUCGGCGCGAGCGGCUCGUACUGCCCGCAGCACGUCACCUUGCCCGUGCAGGUUACGUACUAUGACAUCUCCGAGCAAAGUGCCCCCUCGCCUUUCCUGGGUUUGAUCUCCCUGGAGCAGCUUGGAAAGAAAGGAUACAGCAUACCCAAAGCAGGGACCAUUCAAGUGACCUUAUUCAAUCCCAACAAAACUGUGGUAAAAAUGUUCCUGGUGACCUACAACUUCGACGACAUGCCUACGAAUCACAUGACCUUCCUUCGCCAUCGCAUCUUCCUGAUGCCCGUAGAAGAGGAGGCGGCAGAGGGCAAGAAACACACAUCGACAGGGAGCCCAUCGCUCGAUGGCAGGAAGACUCUUUGCUACUUGAUACAUCUCAGAUUCCAUAGCUCCAAAUCUGGGAAAAUCUACUUGCACAACGAUAUCCGGCUGCUAUUCUCCCGCAAGCCCGUGGAAGUCGACACGGGCAUCCCUUAUGAGCUCAAGUCUUUCACCGAGGUGCCAAGUAACCCCAAAUACUCCCCCCGUGUGUGA